UCACUGUCAUUUUAGUCUUGUAUUGGUGGGCAUCAGAAACAAGAUUGCAAUUUGCAAAAUUCAUCAAUUUGUGCAUAAUUAUCCAGUUAACCAAGCAAGCAGUUAUGUUCGUAUGAAGUGCACCUUAUUCAUACAAUGGAGGGACUGCCAUCGGGAGACAUUCAAGCGAAGUAUCAGAAACUAGCGUCGGAAUACUCGAAGUUAAGAGUCCAUGUGAAGGUGUUGAAGAAGGGCGUGUUGGACGAGCAGGCCAAGUGCAAUGAGUUGAAGGAGCUGGUGAAGGAAAAGGACAAGAGUCUGAGAAAGGGCGAGCUGGAGGUUGACUCACUGACGUUCAGGAACCAGCAGCUCACGCGCCGCGUGUCUGUGCUCCAGGACGAGCUCGACCUGCUGCAGCAGAAAUCUACCAGGAAAGCUAAAAGUAAAGGAGAUGACAAGCCAGCUGGCACCAGUAGCAUGUCAAGCAUGCUGCCCCCACUGGACUCCGGCCUCUUGCAGGAGGAACUGCAGAAGAAGAUCAUAGAGAAUGCACAACUUGCAUCACAGCUAUCAGACAAAGUGUUUGAGGUGUCCCAACUGAGGGCCUCGCUAGAGGACUAUGAAAAAUCCCUCUCAGAGACUGAAUGCAAAUACAAGUCGGAGAUAGCUCGGCUCAAGAACAAGAACCACGAGCUACAGUUCACUCUCGAGGAGACUCAGCGGGAGAGGCCCGGAGGGACCCCCAAGCUGAAUGUGCCAGUGAACAGUCAGGCCGCUAGCUGCAAUGGGGACUUCUUGUCUGAAGGGGGAAGCUUGAUUGGUAGUGAAGAUGCUUUAAGUUCCAUAGAUGAUCUCCAUGUUAGUGAACAGUUAAGUACGAGAGUCCAAACAUUAGAACAGGAAAACCAAAAAAUUCAAAUGGAAUACAAAAUUCUACAAAUGGAGAACGAAAGCCUGAAAAUAGAUUUAAAUAAAUACAUCUCAGCAUCGCAGAAGCGGAGAGGGGAUGGCCACGACUCUGGGGACUUCAAUAGCUUUAACCAGACCUCAGUGGAUGGCGAGGGGAGGGUCACCGGUCUACUGGGCACCCUGGAGUCUCCCUUCAUACUGAGUGAUGAAAUCAAAAUGAGAGAAGAAAGGGUGAAGAAAUAUUUUAGGAAUAAAAUGACAGAGUUGCAAGUAGCUAAGGAAGAAGUAGAUAGCAAAUGUCGACAUUAUGUCAAAGAGUGUGAGCUACUGCGGCUGCGGUUCGAAGAAAUGGAGCGGGACAGACAGACAGACGCGCACACGAUACAGGAGAAACACAACACUAUCAGCCGCCUGGAGGAAGAGCUACACUCCACGUCGCGCAACUACGAGGAGCAGAUGUCAGUCCUCACAGAGCACGUCGCCGGCAUGAACGACCAGCUCGCGCGCCAACACGACCAGAUCCAGGAGCUCAAGCAGCAAGCCAGCAGUAGGAGGAAAUGAACAUGUUGGAUGUUAUGCGAGCCUGGUACUUGACGGAGAUUGAUGUGUUGGCUGCUUCGUAAUUAUGAAUGAUUCGAUGAGCAUGUUGGUAACUCUGCGAUCCUGGUACUUGACGGAGAUUGUGUAAACUAUCAACCGCUUUAUUAAUCAUGAGGCAAUUUCAUUGAUGAAUGAAUCGAUGAGUAUAAUAUGUCAGCUUCAUUCUUAUCAGGCAAUUCGGCACAUGAACAAAUGCAAGAGUUGAAGCAACAGGCGCGUACGGCAAAUAAACACGUAUAUCUUGAUGACGAUUGUGUAAACUGUCAGUCGCUUCAUUGUUAUGAUCAACACGUGGAUCUACGAUCUGCCCGUCUGGUGGUAAAGAGUAACUUGUCAACUAUUUCAUUCGAUGAGCAUGUUGAAGUCGUCCUUUAAAUUGUAAUAUUAUAAAAUGUACGGUCUGCUAAAAUGCUGCGGUAGUUGCUGAAGUAGCAAUCUAUACACAUUUUUGUUGCCUUUUCAAACUACCCACUGAACAAAGUGUCAAUGUUUGAAUGAAUGAGAGUGACAGGAUACAAGAUAUCUUCUUACGCAGCUGACUAUUUAUCAAUGUUCAUUCAUAUAAAGUGUCAUCUAGUUUUCAAUAACUACCUCCAUUAUGUACUAUAAAAAUCUUUCCACGUGCAUUGCCAUCACGACACAUUGUGGCCAACUUCAACUCGAUCAGUGUUGCACGUUCAUGCGAUCAGAUCCAGCUAGCUCCCUAAGUUUUAAUACUCUCUUGAAAUGAGAAAGACAUUAAUUUUACUAUUGUAGAAAGCAAUAUCGCCUAAAUACCUACAACUUUUUUUUAUAAUUUAACAUCUUAUACAAGAAUGAUCGCUUGGAUAGCAAUAAUAAAACUGUUAAGUGAGAAUAUUCUACACAUCGCCUCAAUUUAGUCUAUUCAUAGUAAUUAUACAGAAAGUUGUAAAUACUAUUUCUGGAAUGCAAAUGAUGUAACCAAAUGUUGUCCUUAUUGGUCUAAUCUAUCUUGUCAAAAAAGGACAAGUGUAGCUGGUAGCUGCCCUAUCCCAGUGCAUUAAAAUGUAACAACCAUUUCAGAAAUGGGUUUAUGAUAUUCAAGAUACCGUAGGUUAAGAAUCCGACUUUUGUAUUUAUUGUUAUUCGCUGCAAGGAAUAUAACUAUGUAUACUUCGAAGUAAGUAGAUAAUAUAUUAGAAAAGCAAGUGGAACGUAUACAAAUAUUAAGGUAUACUGUUUAAAUGUUUGCAACUGGCCUUAUUUCAUGUUUCAUUUUCGUAUUUAAAAUAUAAGUCCUCUUAUAUGAUGCGUCUUUGUGAUAUAUAAAUUGAGAUAAUGAUCUUUUAGUGCAUUGAUGCUUAUGUUUACCAACUGUAACAAGUCCUAAAAGUAUAAGCAUCCAUACACAUUGUUGAACAGUACCGUUAGUACGAGUUUUAUUGUACACGAAUGGAAAUGAAACAGAAAAUUCGACGCGGAAGAAACUUGUACUAAGGGUACUGACAUUCUAAUGAAAUUAAGUAAUUUUAAGUAUAUCAUUUGUGUAUAGAUACGAAUAUAAGAUUGUUAUACACUGUAUUUAUAUUUUAAGAGUAAUAAUACCAAUAAAUAGUCUUAUUUAA